CUUGCGCCCCCAGACUAACAAACUAGCAGACUUUUGGCAGGACUAGGGGACUAAGGGACUGGACGAGGGGCCUGGGGGCGGCAACUUCAUCUCAUCCUUCCUCUCUCUCCCUCUCUCUCUCUUCCUUUCUUCCCUUUUCCACACUCCCCCAGUCUCUACUUACGCGCGCGACGCUUCUGGCCCCCGUCCUUCCCUUCGCUUCUCAGUCUCUCGUUAACGAUCUUUUAAAGAUCCAGUCACUCUUUUUCGGCCAGUCGUUGAUCCUGCUUUAAAGUACUCUUUUCGUCGCCAAUUACACUCUUUACACUCCUUGGACCCUGAAUCCCGUCUCAUCUCAAAUCCAAACACAACAAAGUCAUCAUGCGUUUCCACACUGUCGCUCUCCUCACUGGCGCUACUGCUGCCGCGGCCGGUCAAACCGCUACUCUGCUUCUGCCUGGUUUCCAGGGUCGCACCCUCGAGGCUGGUAUCAUCAGCAAGGCCGGCGAUGCCACCACCUACCUGGUCACCUGCCCUACCAGUGUCGCCUCUGCUGACUGCGGUAUCCCCGGCAAGGGCAUGACCGCCAUCGCUGCCCCCAGCUCUGCUGAGCUGUACCAGGCCUACGCCGACGGCAGCACCGCCACCGUCUCCUGCGCCAUCGCCGGCACAACCUACGCCUCCUGCUCCGCUGCCCAAGGCACCGUCACCGUCCAGCACACCCUGGACUCCAAGAACAUCAACUGGAUGCCCGUGACCGUCACCGGCGACUGCUCCACCAGCACUCCCACUCCCACCCCAACCCCGACUAUCACCACCACCGCCGUGGUCCAGACCUCCACUUCGACCUCCAGCCCGAUCUCGAGCCCCGUCAAGUCUUCUUCGCGCCCGGCUUCGUCCACCCCCUUGCCAGCAGCACUCCUCUGGCUCCUAGCCAGACUGGUGCUGCUAGCACCUCCGCCCCGGCUGUCACUUACCCUGCUGCGCCUAACGCUGCCGGCUCUCUGGUCGGUAACAGCUGGACUCUGGGUGGUGCUGUCCUCGCUCUGGCUUACGCUCUUGUCUAAGGGAGUGAGAGAGAAGAAACGAAAAGCGAUUCUCGGGAUUAGGGACGGGAUUAUUUUUGUCCUAUCCUGUUUUUCUUCGACCUUUUUUUCGCAGAUGCGUUGAUUAGAUGUUGAUUUGGAUGCUCUGCGUUUGCAUCUACAUCUAUAUCUGCGCAUUCCUACCUUUCUCACUCGGGGGGUUUGUGUGGUAAUGUUUCCUUUUCUUUGGAUGUCUAUCAUGUACUUCACCUUACACUGUACACAUCUAUCCCUAUUACUUAAUGAUUUUUGAUACCUUUUUUUUCCCUUUUUCUCUUAUCCACGACAGCAUGAUCCAGCGCACCGGCUCCUGUACUUUUUUUUCCUCUUUUUCUUACAUACCUUGAUUUGAUUUUAUUCUUAUAUGCUCAUACUCUGGCUGUUCCUGUGUGUACUCUUAGUGUGGAUAGGUAAAUCUAACCUCUGACCAUAUCUUAA